UUUUUUUUAUGCGUAAUAAUUGCUUCCUUCUGUUGGUAUAUAUAUUUCAGUGGAAUAAAAAAAGAAUGUGACGAAUUAUUUUAAGUGUAGGUGAUGAUAAUCACAUAUUUACAGACACUGUUCCCACUAGCAUUUUUUGCUGUGAUUCUGAUGAACAAUCCUAUAAAUGGAAACCAUCAAGGCUGGCUGUCUCAAGCCAGUUGCCCUUGCAAACCCGCGAGGACUUUAGCACAAACUAUUCGGAAACUUUACAGAGGACUUUUUGUGAAACCCACGGAAGUGUACCAUCUUCCGGUCAUAAAACCAGUUGGUGGUAGGAGUGAACUUCAGAGAAAUUUAACAACAUAUACUGUUCACACAGUUACAAAUCAAGGGAAAGAAUCACCGUCAUGCUGUAAUACAGAGUAUGCCUUCGAAAUAUUUAACUACACUAACUACAAUAUGAGAACACUCAAAGUGGUUCACUUACCAGAUGCUUUUCAGUUUGUCCCCACCGGAAUUUGUCCGCCAAAUACGAAAUGUGGACAAGGAAAUUGUAUUCAGCAAUAUCGCUAUCAAUGGCUUCUAGUUUGGGACGAUACCUUGCAGUAUUACCCUCCAGUGACCUUUGUUCCAGUAGAAAUCGCCUCUCAUUGUGAAUGUGCAAAUGUGGGGUCGUAAGAACAGAUAAAUACAGAUAUAUUACCUAAUCUUCUAACUUAAGAAUAGAAAAGUUCUUGUCAACGAAUGAUAUGCAUUAAAUUACAAUUUAUUUAAAAUGGUGUAUUAAGUAGUUGGGUUUAUUAGAUGAAAUUUGUGAAGAUAAUAAACAGUGAUCAUGUUCCAAACUGCGAUUAAACAUUAUAAUUUGCGGGAAGAGCAAACACGAACCCUUGGAAACAUCAGAGGUGGUAUCAGGUGGACGAAUAAACAACCUUCGUCGACCGGUCACACCCGCUCUGAUCUCUUGUUUUGAUCGGAUGAACAGAGUACAUGGCAAACAAUUAAAAACGUAUGUCAACUUGCGAUUUAAAACGACAGGUUGUACAUGCAAAUGAGGUAAUUUUAUUAAUCAUAGAAUUCGAGAAAUGUCUGUAUUACUUUAAACGAGACUGUUGAUACCUCUGUAACAUCAAAUUAUUUGUCAGCAUUCUGUUAAAAUCAACCGGGGAUACAUUCUAAUUAAGAAUAAAUAACUUCCUUUCUUUCUACCUAAAGCUAAUGAACAUAUGAAUAUCAAAUUCUGUAUUUCAGUUUUAAUAAAUACAUUUACUUUAUUCAUGUUAAAUAACAGGAUAUAUAAAAGCAUUUUCAUGAUUCCUACAUGCAAAAUGGACAUAGUUACUUAACGACGAUCAAUAUUUUAUUCGAAGUGAUAAGGAUUUUCUUUAUAUUAGUUACAUCAAUGUCAACAGGAUCAUAACACCAAAACCAAAACAAAAAACAAUUAAGAGAAAGAGAGAAUAUUCUAUUCGCAUAAUAAUGACCUUGUUUGCAAACUCGGUUUAUCGAUGCUAUCGUUGGGUCGAACUUGACUGACACGUUUCAUACCUAUUAUUAU